AUGGCAAGGUCGAUAUCUCGACACAUGCAAUGCACUCCGAUGAAGAUACGCUAUCAUCAAGGUUUGAUCUUCUCAGCAAGCCAUCUUGAUGUUGUCAUACCGCCCACGGUGUUGGGGGGAGCAGAAUCAGUGCUGACGUCUAGCUAUGGUGUCCUAGUAUCUACAAGCCUGUCAUAUACCGGUGGGCAGGGUAUAAAGCAAGCAAUAUUUGCCGACUUCUACCUUAGGUUUCCCACCUUUCUACGUGCUCAAGCCUCAGUUGCAUCCGGUGUUCUGAUUUUUCUCCUGCGUUCUUCAUUGUCGCUAUGGCUGACCAUCCCUCCACAAUCGGAACUCUUGUUGCUGAUCCCAAGUAUGGGACAAUACAGUCUUGACGAAGUCACGGAGGUUUACUUGAAGAGGGUCGACUGGGAGCAAGUCGGCAGGGCAUAUACCAACAGCGAUGUCUUGCCAGUUGUGAAUUCAUACUCAUUUAGCGAGACCAAUUCAAUGUGCAAGGAAAGAGAGACGUCUUUCUCUUCCGGAAUUGGGGGUGUAAUCAAAGGUAUUGGGAUCAAUCUGGGCACGGAGUACAAGACAAUCACGAGCGACUUUUCUUCAACCACUAAUUCCCAGACCGUUCAAUACACUGUUCAACCUGGCGAGACGGUAUAUUAUUAUGUCAAGGCUUACAAGCUCACCGUUCGAAAAUGGUGGUUGGUGGACCUUCACGGCCAAGCAAACCAAGUCGUUACACAAGAUCAUAGCCUCAAUUCUACACAUCUCGGUAUUCGGGAGGGAAUCAUUUAUCGAGAGAAGCGCAUAUCGACAACCAGGUUGUCUGGAAGCAAAGUGCUCCCGGUGGGCCAAAUUGCAAGGUCGUGGUCUGACGAACAUGGGGGCAAUGCGAGAAUCAAGCAUUGGGAUCUUCCUUCGGCAGUUUUGAGCGUUAUCAAGGAUCGUCACCAAAAGAUAAUUUCAUGA